CUUUCUUCUUUCCUUUCUAGAUCCACACGGGUUUACAACAUCAAAUAAUUUGGCCGUGCCAGCCCAGCUGUCUACCGCUUGAUGAGAAACUCCUCCCAGAGCUGCUUAAAGAUGCAGGAUAUGUUACUCACAUGGUGGGGAAGUGGCAUUUAGGGAUGUACAGGAAGGAAUGCCUUCCAACCCGCAGAGGAUUUGAUACUUACUUUGGUUAUCUUCUGGGAAGUGAGGAUUAUUAUUCUCAUGAUCACUGUGUGUUCAUCAAAGCAAAGAAUGUAACACGCUGUGCUCUGGACUUCCGUGAUGGAGAAGAAGUCGCAACUGGGUUUAAAAACAUGUACUCCACAAAUUUAUUUACAGAAAGAGCUGUAGACCUUAUAGCCAAUCAUAAAACUGAGAAGCCCCUUUUUCUCUACCUUGCUUUUCAGUCUGUCCAUGAACCUCUUGAGGUUUCUGAAGAGUACAUGAAACCAUAUUCCUCCAUUAAAGAUGAAAAGAGGCGCCAUUACGCUGGAAUGGUGUCUCUUUUGGAUGAAGCUGUAGGAAAUCUUACUGAUGCUCUGAAAAAAUACGGUCUUUGGAAUAACACUGUUCUUGUUUUCUCUACUGAUAAUGGAGGACAGACUAUGGCAGGUGGAAAUAACUGGCCACUUAGAGGAAGAAAAUGGACCCUAUGGGAAGGAGGUGUUAGAGGAGUAGGCUUUGUUGCAAGUCCUUUACUGAAGCAAAAAGGUGUCGAAAGUCAUGAACUUAUCCAUAUUUCUGACUGGCUGCCAACACUGGUGCACCUUGCUGGAGGACAUACCAACGGCACAAAGCCUUUGGAUGGCUUUGAUGUUUGGAAAACCAUCAGUGAAGGAAGACCUUCUCCCAGAGUGGAACUACUUCAUAACAUAGAUCCCAUGUUUGUGGAUGAUUACCCAUAGCUCUGAAACACUGCUGAGUAAUGAAUGCAGUACUUUGUGACAUGGAGUUGUUCAGGAGCAGCCAUGUGCCUGAGGUGCACAGCAAGGCAGACAGCCAAAACAAA